AUGACUUUCGGUUCUAAUCCGGCGGAUAUAAUUAUUGUACUGGAGUUCACCCGCCGGCUGUACCGACAGUGCAAGAACGCCGACGAUGCCUACUUCGAGAUCGGCCGCGAGAUUCGCGCACUCCAUACGGUGCUGCGACAUCUCAAGUACGAAGUGCAGGCGCCGGAGUCGAUACUCAACCGCGACCGGGCGCUUUAUGCGCGAGACCUCGCGCCGCUGAUCUCCGACUGUCGCUUUACGCUGGAGGACCUGGAGGAACUUCUGCGGAAGUAUGGCGACAUUAAAAACAAUGAUAGGGGUGGGAGCACGACUGGACGGCUGUGGAAUCAGUUCAAGUUUGGCAGUAUAGAGAUGGACCAGCUGGGCACUGUGAGGGUGAAGCUUAUAAAUCACAAAACGAAUAUCACGGCGCUGCUCGACACGAUACAACUUCACGAAUCGAGUAGGGUAGCGAUGACACUGGAUAAUCAUGGGGGACAACUGGAUAUCAUUUUGGAUAAAGUGGACAAUAUUGCGUCGCGGAUGGGUCAGCGGGCGGCCUCGUUAAUGACUACAUAUGAGGAUGACGAUAAAGAAGUGUGGAAAAGCUUUCGGCGAGAACUGGUCGCGGAGGGGUUCUCUAGCGACGUUUUAACUCGACAUAAAGAUGUAUUACGAGCCUAUAUUCGGCAAAUCGAUCAGAACGGACUGCUCGAAGAUAUCCCAGUCGCUGCGAAGGCGAGACAGCCAGUGCUAUCAGUAAAUACCCAGGAAUGGCUCGAACAAGUUCAAUCACCCGCAUCUGCUUCCGGCCCACCUUCGUUCAACACUACCAGUUCUGAUUCCUCGAUAAAGGAGCUUAGAGUCGGGGAGGAUAACAGCAAAUUCCUACAGACAAUGAAGAAUGAGCGACCAAAGCCAGAAUCUAUAACGACGGGUUGGAAGGAAGGUAUAGGCGAUACAAAGGCUCCACCAGUCCAACCUCUACCACCCCAGGUUCCAAUACUUUAUGCCCCGCCAGUCCAACCUCCGCCAGUUCCAGCUCUUCAACGUUCAGGCUCUUCAAACAGUAGAAACGGUUACGGCUAUGCCGUCGCCGCAAGUCCUCCAACAUCCGUGCAGCUCAGGUCACCAAUACCAGAACCAGAGAUCUGCACCACAGAGUCCAUCCUCGCCGACGACUCCGCGAACGAAAGCAGAAUUCGAAUGCUCGAAGCACCGCGAGCAGACGGGAGACCUCGACGACAAUCAGACCAGAACGACAGAGACCAGGGCAACUCCCCACAAGGCUCCCCCGCCAGCUCCAAAAGCGCAUCAUCCUUCACCGAUGCAAACGCCAUGGCUUACCGGCCUCGUCCCCAACAGCUACCUGUCCCAGUUCCAGAAGGGUCACUAUAUAGUGCCUCACCGCGUGGCUCGGGUGCCUUGCCCAUACCGGUGAGAGCCGCAUCCCACCAUCCCACAGACCGGUACGGACACAGCCCGCGAAACAUCACCACAUCCGUACCCGCCGGCCUGGCACCAGACUCGCAGGGCCGCGAGAUCCCUCGGGACGCAAAGUGGACCAAGAUUCGCCGCCGUCUAGUCAGCACUGAAAUCCUCGAAGAGGACCGACUCAGAUAUGAAGCUCGUCCCGAGUACGUCGCAAUCCUCGGCGUCUUCUCCCGCUCCCAAAUUCAAGACCUCGCCAUCCGCACUGCCGCCCUCCGCGAAUCCCGCCGUCUCCGCUCCCAAAGCACACGCGCUCCCCGCCCCGCCGACCCCAUCCCCGCUCCCGCACCACCCAAGAAAUCGGUCCACUUCCCCGAUGAAGAUACCAGGAUCUCGGAUACGAGCGAUGAGUCGUCGUCGACUAGGAGCUCGGCUGAUAGACGGUAUAGUCGUGAUCGGGCUAGAAGGAGGGAGGAGGAUGGAGAUAGGGAUAGGGAUAGGCCCCAGUUUGCGCCGAGGAAGCAGGGGCAGUAUAGGAUGCCGCAGUCGUGGAUGGAGAGUUCGAGUGGAGCUGUGAGUUCGGAGGGGCGAGAGAGGAAGGGAAGGGAGAGGGAGGGGAGGGAGAUUGGGGGCGCGGUGAAGGGGGGUGCGGCGAAGGGGAGUAGAGGGUCGCAGAAUAAACGGUGGUCGGAACGGUUUACGGCUGCGAGUAUUGGGGGUGCGGCGGGGAGUUUGCUGAGUGUGUUGAGUGAGGCAGCACAGGAUAUAUCGCUGUGAGGUGAGACUGAUGGCGCAUUUAUGGGUUUGAGGGAAGGGGUUUGUAUGUUUAUUGGGAUGUGUUAUGAUUAUGGCAAUGAGUAUAUGACUGGGAUGACUUUAUGGGAUGAUUGUUUAGGGUACGGGAGUUUUGGAUUUUAUGCGGGGAUAUUAUUAUACCACCUGGGCAACAAAUAGCAAAUAGAAACUCAUUUUGGG